UAUCAGCAUUUCCAAUAAAGUAAAAAGGGGAAAAUACAGACCUGGGCUUUCAUGGAAAGUAUUCUAACUCUCACAACUAGAAUAUCUGCCUUAAAAAAAAAAUUAUGGUUUUUAGAUCUUUAACUUUUCCUACAGCAUCUCAGUACCCAAAUUUUGAAAAGCAUCUUUUCUGGGGAAUGAUAUUUCCUAGCACAGUAUAACAUAGUCUUUGCCAAGUGACUCAGUUCAAUGUAUAUAUGUAUUUUUCAAUGUCAAGUGGCCCAAACUUACAUAGAAGAAGUGGGCACCUGGUAUCAGUUUGAUGUCAGGGUUUUUCCAGGUUUGCAAGAGGGAGCUUUAAAUACGACUCGAUUUCAAGGCAACUACAAGCCACCCUGCAGCUCCAAGUCAAGAUGCUCCUGUCCGUGGUCCUUGCCUCUGCCCUCCUUCUCUGCUCUGUGGCCAGCCAGAGGUGUUCGACCUUGUCAGGGAUCCAAGAUGUCACGUACCUCAUUAACAAACUGCAGGAACAUCCACCUUCAAAAUGUGACUGUGGCACCAACGUGACCGAUUGUUUGUGUCUGCCCAUUCCUUCUGACGACUGCACCACACCGUGCUUCCAGGAAGGGCUGUCCCAGAUGACCAACUCCACGGUGCAAACAAGUUUCCCUCUGAUCUUCAACCGACUAAAAAGAAACGUCAAAGACCUAAAGAGCAGCAAGUGCCAGUUUUUUUCCUGUGAACAGCCGUGUAACCAAACUGCAACAGGCAACGUGCUGACGUUCCUGAAGAGUCUCCAGGAAAUUUUACAGAAAGAAAGGGUGAAAGGCACAGUAUGAAGAUGAAAUAUUAUUUAUGCUAUUUAUUGAAUUUAAAAGCCUCCUCUUUGAGUUGGGGCAGGUAAAAACAUUUAGUAAAGCCAUGAUGAAUCAAAUUCAGUUGUAAUAAUGUGUUUAAAAUUAUUUCUGUAUUUUGGAAUAAAUAUAUAUGAAGAAAAAGAACACAGUCUGGUCGCUAGGUGUUUAUUCACUCCUUGCUGCUCAGAAGAAAGCAAGCUACAGGGGCACCUGGGUGGCUCAGUCGGUCAGGCAUCUGACUUCGGCUCAGGUGGUGAUCUCACAGUUUGUGAG